GUUUUAGAGGGGGAGAGAAAACACGUAGAGGAAUAUGGUCCGUGUGUAAAACGAAAGGAUACAGAGAAGACACACAGAAUGAAGGAUGAUAUGAUGAUGCUAUUGCUCUUCUCUUUAUCACUUCCAUUCACUUACUUCUUCUUUCUCUUUCUCUUCUUCUACUUCUCUUCUUAAUUCUUUUCUCAACCUCUCUCCCUCUCUCUCGUUGAUGCAAUGUCUGGCGGUGAAACGUCGUCGUCGUCGUCGGUUGUCCCUCUAGAAGGUCUUCACGAUGUCGAAGACUACAUUUGGGCAAAUGACGGUGAGCAGUCAUUGUCAUGGGAUCGGUUUGGUCAUGUUAUUGAUCUGGUUCAAAAUGGAAACCUGGCAUUCCGGGAGAAUCGUUUCGGGGAGGCAAUCAAUUGUUACUCAAGGGCCAACAAUGUCAAACCUGGGGAUCCUGUUAUUCUUGGCAACAGGAGUGCUGCUUAUAGCAGGAUUAGCCAAUUCCUGAAACAGAGACCUGCUUCAGCUUCUGAAUAUAAACCACUUAGUGGACUUGAUCCUACAAUACAUGCUGAACUUGCGCUAAAGGAUGCUGAGAAGGUGAUGACCCUCAGAAGCAAUUUCGUGAAUCCAUACAUCUUAAAAGCUAGUGCUCUUAUCCUGUUGGAAAAAUAUGAGUUAGCACGGGAUGUUAUUCUUUCAGGCCUUCAGGUCGAUCCAUUCAGCAAUCCUCUUCGGGCUUCUCUUCAGAAUUUGGAGACAAUGGCAGCCAAUACAUUGAAGAGAACUCUUGGUAAACCAGAGCGGAGUGAUGAAUUUGAUUGUACACUCUGCCUGAAGUUAUUAUACGAGCCUGUUACAACUCCUUGCGGGCAUUCUUUUUGUCGCUCAUGUCUUUUUCAAUCCAUGGAUCGCGGUAAUAAAUGUCCAUUGUGUCGAACAGUCCUAUUUAUCAGUCCUCGAACGUGCUCAGUCAGUGUGACUUUGAACAACAUUAUACAAAAGAACUUUCCAGAGGAGUAUGCUGAGAGAAAGUCAGAGCAUAGCAGUUUGACGAACUUUGGUGUUGAUUUGAUCCCCCUUUUUGUCAUGGAUGUUGUCAUCCCAUGUCAGAAGUUUCCAUUGCACAUAUUUGAACCCCGAUACAGACUAAUGGUGAGGAGGAUCAUGGAGGGAAAUCAUCGGAUGGGAAUGGUUAUCCUUGAUUCUCAUACAGGAUUAAUAGUUGAUUUUGCCUGUGAAGUGGAGAUUACAGAGUGUGAGCCACUUCCAGAUGGACGAUUCUAUUUAGAGGUCGAAAGUCGUCGUAGAUUCCGCAUCCUUCGAUCUUGGGAUCAAGAUGGGUAUCGUGUUGCAGAGGUUGAAUGGGUACAUGAUGAUUCUCCAAAAAAGAGAACAGAAUUGCAGGAGAUUACAAAUAAUGCAGCAGAAUAUGCUCAGUCAUGGCUAAGAAGGGCAAAGGACGCUGCAAGUCAAGAUAGAAGAAGACUUGAGAGGCUAUUAAAUGUAGAAGCAAUGAUGCCCACACCAUUGGAUCCUGAGCGCUUCAGUUUCUGGCUUGUUACUUUAUCAGAAAGGAGGCCUCAUGAAAGAUUGGAGCUCCUGCGCAUGAGGGAUACAGAAGAGAGAAUAAAAAGAGGAUUGGUAUAUCUCAGAGCUGCAGAGCAGGGCUGCAGCGUGCAAUGAUAAUAGUUGUAUUUGUACGCAUAACUCUAUGCUAAAAUCAAUAUUUAUAAUCAAUAUUCUUUGAUUCACAUGAUAGUGGAUCCUAUUCUUUUUGUAACAAAUGAGUCAUAUUUAUACUGGCAUUCAUCAAUAUAGAAAAAUCCAAUUUUCAGUUAGCA